AUGAUUAUAGGUUCAGCAGGAGUUCAUUUCCCAGUUUUUAUCACGUUAUUUUAUGUAGCUUACUUCGUCAUUAAUGGAGUAAACAGCUUAAACAAUGGAGUUGGUAGGACUCCCCCAAUGGGAUGGAAUAGUUGGAAUAAGUUUCAAUGUGGUAUUGAUGAGAAAUUAAUUAAAGACACCGCUGAUGCUCUAAUUAAUCAUGGAUUAGCUGAUGUUGGUUAUAAAUAUUUGAAUAUAGCAUUAUCUGAUUAUGCGCAUUCAAAGGGACUUUUAUUCGGAAUUUAUAGCGAUGCGGGAUUUCUUACAUGUGCCAAACGACCCGGAAGUCUCGGAUACGAGAAAAAAGAUGCGAUGACAUAUGCAUCAUGGGAAAUCGAUUAUUUAAAAUAUGAUAAUUGUUACAACGAUACUUCACCGGAACAACAACGAUAUCAGGCUAUGCGCGAUGCGCUUAACGCUACUGGAAGACCUAUAUUUUAUAGCAUUUGUGAAUGGGGGAUAAGCUCUCCUCAUCUAUGGGGGAGUUCGGUUGGAAAUAGCAGUUGGAGAACAACAGAGGAUAUCCAUCCAAGUUGGUUAUCAAUCUUAAAUAUACUAGGAAAACAAGAAAGGAUUACAAAAUACGCAGGUCCGGGUGGUUGGAAUGAUCCUGAUAUGUUACAAGUUGGCAAUGGUAAUUUAACUAUAGACGAACAAAAAAGUCAUUUUUCUUUAUGGGCUGCUCUAAAAUCACCCCUUUUACUCGGUUUUGAUAUCAGGACUCCACCCGUUGAUACUUUAAAAAUUGUAAAAAAUACCGAAAUUAUUGCGAUUAAUCAAGAUAAAUUGGGAAAAUCUGUAUUUAUUGUUCAACGUACAAGUUCUUGGGAUAUUUGGACUGGAGAAUUAUCUGAUGGUCACGUUGCUCGCGAAUCAUCUACUACAAUCGAAUUAAAUUUUGCUACACAUCUAAACAUUCGUGGAGCAAUUGCAGUCCGAGAUUUAUGGGAACACGAAGAUAAAGGAGUUCAUAACAAUAGCUAUUCAUACCUUGUGCCCAAACACGGCAUAACUGUAUUAAAACUUACCGGUGGAAUAAUGAUUUUGGAAGAUGAUUUUGUGGCUCAAUCUUGUGAUGAUGUUGAUGAUUUAUUCGAAAAAUUUUAUGAGAAAUCAUUUGAUAGAAAUUCAUGUUAG